AUGAAUGCAGUCCUUACCCGCGGAUACCGGUUUAAGGACAAGAUUUUUCGGAACGACAUGAUGGUCCUCCUCAUGUACAUCUCCAAGCGCGUCGAAAAUCGCACCCUCUUCGCCUCCACGGGGCUUAUGGCGCUGCUCCUCAGCUAUGCCGUGUCAGAGGCACGGCGAAGGGAGCUGCUGCAGAGCGGCUUUUUGGAGAAGUACUUGCGAGAGGCCCGUGUGUUGCCUGACCUCGGCGAUGGUGCCAAGGCCUCCAAGGGCAUACCCCUCACCAACACCCAGGAGGACAUGGAAUUCCGCACCCUGCUUUGGGGCACCCUGGCUCGAUGCUGUUCCUCCGAGCCAUGUGCCGAGGCAGCCGUGCAGUGUGGUUUCGUGGAGUCCCUCCUCGAGUGCUUGGAUGCCGAGGCACCGCCGGAGAAGUGGAGCCAAGAGCAACGGCGACAGGUGCAAUUGGAAGCUUUGUCCUCCUUGUUCCAGCUGGUACAAUACGUGCCGGAUGCCUUCAUGGAGGCACAAGGCAAUGCUAUGGUCUUGCAGUUGCUUCAGGCAACUCGAAGCCGAGAAGUUCAGAAGAAGUGUCUCCACCUACUGCAGGUCGCUGUGCGCAUGGGCCCACACUUUGCCGAGAACCUGGGUCAGCUUGGAGCCGUGGGAACUUUAGUGGAGCUCUUUACGGACAAGGACAAUCCCAUGACCUCCAGGCAAAUGUGCGCCUCGGUCUUGGCGACCAUGUGCAAGGAGUACCCCGAGAAUGCUCGCGAAUUCCGGAAAAAGGACGGCGUCGAGGCCAUGCGUGAUGAGGUCGUCUACCGGCCCGGUGAGACCACUGACAACCACCUGUUCUACAGCCUUUGUGUGGUGGAUUGUGUGUGGAACGCCGUCGUAGGAACCCGCAAGAACGAGAUCCGGUUCUUGGACGCAGGUGGGCUUUUCGCACUCCUCGAUUGCCUCGAGGUGGCCCCGAUGCUCCUGAAGCGGCAGAUCAUCGGAUGCCUGGCAGAUCUUAUGGAAUACAAGAAGGCCGCCAAGCUCUUCACGCAGUGGAACUCGCAGGUGACCAUGAAGGGUGCACUGAGACUCCUCCUAGAGCUUUGGCAGUGUGAGCAGCAGGCCGCAGGGAAUUUGGCUCCGGACGGCGUGAUACGUGACCUGGAACAGCCGCUGAAUCCUCGUGCACCACCAACCCUGGCUCUUGGUGAACUGAUCGAUGACGGUGAGAGCACCGUUACCAGCACCAGCCGUUUCGCGGGGAAGUUCCGACACGCCAAGAACUUUGCAGACACUGCCGGCACUGGAACCAGCGUAACGACGGCCAGCCAUGGAAGAACGCAGAAGGCCUUCGAGAAGGCCCCGGCUUCCGCACAGCAGCGGCAAGGAUCACAGUGGCUCUCCAGCGGCAUUGAACAGGACUGCCGAGCCAAGAUCUAUGCCGUGCUGAAAUGCAUCGGCUUCGAGUGCCAAGAGACGCUGAGCAUCGCAGAGAGGCAGCAGAUGGAGCUUGUCAAGCUCUUUCCAAUGGCAGUGGAGCUCGAGAUGUGGAUCAAGGUGCAGGAGAGUUUGGCCAACCGGGGCAUCAAGCCCGUGAGUGCAGACAGGCAGUGGAUCGAGGACUGUGUGGUGGAGCGCAGAGACCAAGCAGCCUGGGUGCAGAAUAUCCAGAAGAAGUUGGCCGAAGAGAGGCAGACCGAGGAGGAGGCAAGCCUGGAGCGCUUCUACAAGGACCUCCGCGGCCGCGCUCAGAUCCAGCGGAUGACACAGCCACCAGGUUACCCGCCGCACAUGGGUAGUAAUGACAGUGACAUGUGGAAUGAGCACCUGCCUUGGACGAACGCUGCUGUGCCAUAUGCUGUUUUCUUCUUGGAUUCCGAGCAGCGGAGGCUUGCCACUGCAGCGAGAGAGGGAGAGAGAGAGAGAGAUAGAGAGAGAGAGAGGGAGAGAGAGCGAGAGCGAGAGCGAGAGAGAGAGAGAGAGAGAGAGCAAGCUAAAAAUAUAUGUUCAUCUGAUGUCCGGUGUUGCCAAACGAACCCCCGACCCAAGUAA